UCUGCUUUACUGCUGUAACUGAGGUGAAUGUCAGACAUGUUGCGGUGAGUAUUAAUUAAAUUAAACAGCGUUUUGAUAACGCGAUUCUGACGUAGUUCCGCUUCCUGGGGACAGGAAGUGCUGUGUUUGUUCUGCUGCUGCUAAUAAAGUUGCGGUUGAAUAUAUGAGCAGAAACAGGAAGCAGUUCUCGGACGGUUUGGUUUCUGGUUCCGACGUUUCUGACAAUAGCGCUUUGCUGCGCUGCGCUGGGUCUUUCCCAGUCCCGUCCUGUUGGCGGUACCGAUCGACCAGAACCGAAUCAGAACCACAAAACGUUAACAAAUCGUUGGUUCUGCCGCACAGCCUGAUGGGUAAAAAGCUCACAGCGCAGCGGCGGAUUGGUGGAGGCAGCUGGUCCAGGUGAGCGGCGGCAGGUUCGACCUGAAGGUCCAGAACAACGGCAAAGGAGGAGGGCUCAGACCGGAACCAUCAGAACCAGACAUGUCCCUGUCGGCCCAGAGGGACCGGGUCCAGAGACAGGUGGAGGAGCUGGAGCGCAGCCUGGCAGUGACCCAGGACGAGUUGGACCUGCUGAGCAGUGAGACAGAUGAUGGAUCAGAAAGUCAGGAGGAGGAAGAGGAGAGACAGAGCCCAGCUGUCCUGUUGGCCCAGAAGCAGAAGAUCCAGUCGGAGAUCCAGAACCUGGAGGACAUGUUGGGUCCCCGCAGCGCGUCCCUCGACGUGUCCAGCAAGGACGGCAGUGACUCCAGUGACGAGAGCGAGCCGGACCUGUCUCCGAGUGCGUCCUCGUGUCUGAACCUGAACCUGGUCUACCAGCAGGUGGUCCUGGAGACGCUGGACCAGCUGGAGGCGCUGCUGGUCCACAACCGCAGGCAGCAGAGGGAGCUCACAGCCCAGAUGAAUGGACCAAUCAGAGAGUCCACCAGAGAAGGUUCUGCCUUGUCCAAUCAGCAUCCAGCUAGGAUGUUCCUGGGCAGCUUCCUGAAUCCGUACUUCAAGGACCGUCUGACGGGCCUGGGCCCUCCAGCCAAUCAGGAGGUGAAGCUGAAGGCUCAGAGGAUGAUGGGAUGUCCAGAAGACAAGAAGCUGAAAUUAAAAAGAUGGGAGAGCUGGCAGAAGACGCUGCUGGUCCACUCAGUGACUAGAGACCACCUGAAGAGACUCAUGCUGCCCAAACUGUCCAGGCUGGACUUCUUGACCUCCAGGCGUUCCUCGGCUCAGGGAGCCGACAGACAGCAGCUGACUGAGCAGAUCGACGACCUGGAGAAAGACCUGCAGCAGCUGAGGAUGAAGAGAGAGGAGGAGCUUACUGGCGAUCGCUACGAAGAGCACGACUGGCAGAAGAUCUCCAACAUCGACUUCGAAGGGACGAAGGACGCGGAGGACAUCCGCCUGUUCUGGCAGAACGUCCUCCACCCGUCCAUCAACAAGAGGCCCUGGAGCAGCGAGGAGGUCCAGAGGCUCAGCGCCAUCUGCAGGAGCGAGGACAGACACUGGGACUCGAUCGCUCAGGAACUGGGGACGGGGAGGACGGCCUUCAUGUGCCUCCAGAUGUUCCAGCGUUUCGUCUCCGACUCUCUGAAACGCAGCAGCUGGACGGCGGAGGAAGACGGGCAGUUCAGAGAGCUGGUCCAGAAGAUGAGGAUCGGGAACUUCAUCCCGUACACGCAGAUCAGUUACUUCAUGGAGGGUCGUGAUCCGACCCAGCUCGUCUACAGGUGGAACCAGGUUCUGGACCCGAGCCUGAAGAGAGGCUCGUGGACCAAGCAGGAGGACCGGCUCCUGCUGCAGGCUGUGGCUCGUCACGGCGAGAAGAGUUGGUGGAAGGUCCGGUUGGAAGUUCCUGGACGUACCGAUGGAGCCUGCAGAGACAGGUAUCUGGACUGUCUGAAGAGGAACAUAAAGAAAGGACCAUUUGAGAGACAUGAGGUGGAGCUGCUGCAGCAGCUGGUGAAGAAACAUGGAGUUGGUCGCUGGGCCAGGAUCGCUGCAGAGAUCCCUCAUCGCCUCGACGCUCAAUGCUUGAGAGAGUGGAGGAAGCUGGUGCGACAACCUGCUCAGGAUAGACAGAAAAUCAGGAAGACCUGCAAGACGGGAGGAAGAGGAGGAGGAAGACGAGGAGGAAGAGCAGGAGGAAGAGGAAGGGGGUGGGGUGCUGGAGGUUUCAGUGCUGGCAUCAGGAGGGGAAUAUUGAAGAUGACGGAGGAAGAGGAGGCGGAGAUAACUGAGGAUGACGACGAUGAGGAUGAGGUGGUGCAGUACAUGGACAGUGAUGAAGACUGUAAUAAGAAGAGGAAGAGGACCGAGGAGGAGGAGGAGCAGGAGGAGCAGCAGGAGGAGCAGCAGGAGUACAUCCUGCCGCCGAUGGAGGACUGGGUUCCAGCUGAGGUGAAGCACAGCUCCACCUCCCUGAGCUUCACGCUGGCGGAGCUCCCGUCCCCCAGCGAGGCUCCGGACCGAACCGCGGUCCGCUCCACUGUGCUGGGGCGGCCGGGACCCUCCGUGGUCAUCGGGCCUCCGCCCAGACAGCUGUCCCGGGAGGAGCGCCACGGCGCCUCCGCCGUGCCGAUGGCGUCCCGGGACGCGCUGCGUCUCCACCUCAGCGCCCUGAAGCAGAAGGUCGGCGCCGCCGCCCGGCCGGGGCGGCGGCGGCGCCCGCGGGCCCAGGAGCUGGAGUACGAGCUGCAGGCCGCCGUCACGCCAUGGAUCGGGAACCUGCUGAUCCCAAAGAGCCAGAAACGGAGCGCUGCAGAUGUGCUGAGGGAGGGAGGAGAGAGGAGCGGCGUCUCCACCUCCUCCACCUUCACGCUGCUCCUCCAGGCCAUGAACAUCGACAUGCUGGGCUGCCGGCAGAUGAUCGAGGAGAGGAAGAACAAGGUGGACCUUCUGGCCCCGCCCACCCUGCUGGCCCCGCCCAUCCUGCUGGCCCCGCCUCCUAGCACAUGUCGUCAGGUGUUUCCUCACAGUCUCCUGGUUCCUGCUGCCUCCUUUGCUCCUCCUCAGCUCCCAAACCCAGAGCCGUCCUGCAGCCCCUCCUCAGCGGUUCCUGUUGGCUCCAGUCUGACCAAUAGCCUUGCUCCAGGAAGUCCUGCAGAGCUGACAGUUGUGGGCGGAGCUAGUGAGGGUGCAGCUGGUUCUCGUAGUGAUGUGGGCGGGGCUAAUGCAGGUGUGGCACAGACAGGUGCUGAAGGAAGAAAGCAGGAGGACGGCUCGGAUCUGGAGUCUGGACCCAUGGAUUCAGCAGGUUCUCCAGAACCGGACCGGACCCAGAACUCACACUGUCCUGCUGUCAGUGCCGCUCCCCCUGCAGCAGUUAGCUCUUCCUCCUCAUCUCUGACCUCUGCUCCACCUUCUUGCCCCGAUCAGACCCCGCCCACUUCCACAGACACUGCGGUGUGUCAGAGUGGGUGGGUGGAAGUGGGCGGCGCCGGACCCGGCCCGGGGCCGGUCCAGGAGGGGAAGAGAGCCAGGAGGCCGACCCUGAAGAUCCGGGAGUCCAAGGAGCUCCAGGCUACAAAGAAGAGAAGCUCCGCCUCCUGUCAGCAGAAACGUGUUGGCAUGGCCCAAUCAAAGGAAAGUAUCAGCACGGAGGCUCCGCCCCCCUCUCAGGUCACUGGUCUCCAUGUGCUUCCUAACCGGUCCAUUUGGGUCAUGACCGCUGGUCCGGGCCAUGUGGCUCAGGCUCCGCCCCCAGCCCUGCCCUUGCCCAGAGUCCCUCCCCUAGUGUCUGAAGCCCCGCCCCCUCAGAGGGCAGGGCGCUUCUCCGUGACCCCAGCUGCCCUUCGUGACCUCCAGCUCUCACCUGUUCCCACCGGUAGAUCUAAGCCCCUCCUCCCAGCCGUCAUCCAGUCACCUGAUCUGAGGUCAACCAGCUGGCCCCGCCCCCACAUGCUGCUGGCCUAUCAGGAAGCGACGGGGUGGCAGACGGUGGGCUCGACCGGCCUCCCCCUCCGGAGGGCGGACCUGCACUUUGACCCCACCCUGAUGUUCCUGGAGCCCCCAGAGGAGGUUCAUGAUUGGCUGAGAGGGAGAGGGGGUGUGGCUAUACCUGGAGCGAGGUGCGUCCUCCCCUACCUGCCGCCAUCCGUCAGCACUCUGAGCGCGCUCAGUGGCCUCCUGCGGGCGAAGGCAUCUGUGACGGCGUCAGCUCUGCAGCUGAUGGCGGGGGCAGGCCGCCGCCUCCAUGACCACGCCUACUGCGCCUCGAGCGAGCCAGACGGCGCCCAGCCGCCAGAGCGGCAGGAGGAGCUGCAGGCCCUCCGCCAGCAGGUGGCGCAGCGCUUCUCCACAAACCCCGCCCACCAGCUGCUGAAGGCCCGCUUCCUGUCCCUGUUCACGCUGCCGGCGCUGCUGGCCACGGUUCAGCCAAUCAGCAGAAAGAAGUCAACCUGUCCGACCAAUCGGGAGGAGGACGAGGAGGAUGAGGAGGAUGAGGAAGAGAAGGAGGUGAAACAAAUCCAAGACAAUCGAAAGAGGAGGCGGAGAGUCCUGACCGGAGCUGCUGUUCCCUAAGUGGCCAGCAGGAGUCAGUGUUUUACCUCUGAGCAGGUUCUGCUCAGUUCCGGAUUGGAACUGGAACCAGAACUGGUUCUGACCCCAUCUCGUUUCUCCUGCCGGCUGCCGACUCUGCAGCUUCGGCCAAUCACUUCUCAGGGAUACAGUGCCAACACAGACCCGGUUCUACAGAACCAGUUCAUGCAAGCUGACCCAAACCAGCAAGUCAAAAAAUUCAGUCCGAAACUGAUUCAGAUCUGAGUCCAGCGGUCCAGAACCAGUUCAUGGAGACCAGAGCAGAUGGACAGUUCUUCCACCUGGGGACGAUCAGAACCAGGAAACUGAACUUUAUUCGUCACUCUACUAGUGGAACGUGGUGCGUUCAGGAACGAUGGUUACAGUGUUGCACUAAAACAUGUUUGAAGUUGGUGCUUGUAAAAGUUUUUGUUAUAGAAAGAUAAUUUCCUAAUUAAGGUAUAAUAAAGAAUGUUUCUGAUUUCA